CACUGCGGGGAGGGGGUUAGCUGUUGUUGCUUGUUGUACUUGUCGAGCUGGCGUUCCUCUGCUUUGAGCGUCAGUGGAAUGUGCCUCAGGUGCUUUCCCUGAGGUGUUUUCCUCAGGGGGUAGCCAGGUGUGCUGCCCACUGUGAGCAGCAUGAGGUGGGCAGUGCCUCUCUGGAUUUGCUCUUUUCCCUUCUUCUGUCCUGGUGAAAGCUUAUUGUGUUGUACUUGGGUCAAAGAAUCAUGUUGAUAUUGCCUUUACCCAAGCACUGCACUCUGUUGUCAUGACUGCACCACAUUUUCUAUAACUAAAGACCUCACCAGAUUAAAAGAGCCUAAUAACUCAUAUUGCUACUGUAAUUUCAUUGUCUGUGAGGGAAGCCUGUUAAAAUCUGGAGUGAUUUCCAUAUUCGGUGGCUGACUUAGAAAGUUUUAGCCCUGCCAUUGUGCCAUUCAAAAGGCGCGCACUUUGUUUUGGCUCACUGUGAAAAUAAGGUGGCAUUUGCAGUUUAAACCAAGGCUGUGCUUUUUCUUCCCUGCUUCUCGCUAGUUGGUUUUGGCUGCUUUGUUCCUUCAUUUUUAUUUUUCUUUACUUUGAGGAUUUACAUUUGGGCCUGGCAGGGAUUUCAGUAAAGCCAAGGCUACAUGUGUUGUGACAAGUUGUGUGGAAGAACCUUGCUGUGGCUGUUUUGCGUUUGCAGUAAUGUGCUUAGGUGUUGCUGUCACAACCAACUUCUGAAUGUCUAUGAACAAUCAUGUGAUCUAUUCUAGGGAACCUGCUUUAGCAGGAGGGUUGGACUGGAUGGUCUCCAGAGAUCCAGGGACCUCCAAACUCCUGUGAUUCUAUGAAGUCGCUGUAGAUAAUAGGGUCAUUUGUACAGAACAUGGUUCUGUAAUGGAAUCAAGGUGUUAUUCCAUUGAAGUGCUUAAAGCCUACUGGAAGAAACAUAUGCAGUGGAAGAACAAGUUGAUCUGCAGUAGCAGCUUAGAUAACUACUAUUUUGAGCUAUAGAAUCUUUUGAGUUGGAAGGGACCUUUAAAGAUCAUCUAGUCCAGCUCCCCAGCACUGAACAGUGACAUUUACAGCUAGAUAAGGGUGCUCAGACCCCUGUCUAGCCUGGCCUUGAGUGUCUCCAGGGAUAGAGUUUCCACCACCAUUCUGGGCAACGUGCUAAAAUGCAGAAAGUUCUAAAAGGAGCCUUACUAUUUAGUGUAACCUGAUACUAGUGUGUUUGAUUUUUCACAUUUACUGAAUUCUAACUAAGUAGAAGGAGUUAAAGGUAUAAGCAAUAAACAGUUAAACCUCUGACAGCUACCCAAACCCUAAAUUUUAGGAACAAUAAUACUUUUGAACUUUUGUGUUUCUGUAUUAGAAAAAGAAAAGAGGUUCGGUUUUCCUGUUUGGUUGCACUUCUGGUUCCUCAAUGUGAAUUAGUUACUGAAAUGGUAACAUUACUCCUCUGUAGAGGAGACUGCAGUGCUUAGUUGUUACUUGUGGUAUAGUCAGGCCUGCUUCCAGGUGGUCAUCUAGAUUUAUCUAGCUCAGUACUUCUGUUCGCAGGUGUGCUCUUUAUGGUAGUGUUUUUGUUUUUUUUUCUAAUAUAGUGUUAUCUACUUCGAUAUCUUAUAGUAAACUUGUACGUGAACUCCAUUGCAGAUCUUCUUAAAACACUUUUUGUUUACCCUAACGAUUUCAUUUUUGGGUGAAGAUUCCAUCACUUCUACUUGGAGUAGAAUUUUCAUUGAUUAUGUGCUGUAGAAGAAUGCUUUCAUCCAUAAGUUUUGCUGUUGUGAUGAAAAAUGCUAGUUGAUAUUUAUUAUCUCUUUGUGGGAACCUUGCUGUUAUCAUUCGAAAGACAGCACGUCAAGCAUGGCAGUGUUCUUUAGGAUAAUGAUAUGCAACAUAGAGGGGUAUUGAUUAAAAUGGAUACAAUUUCAAAUGGAUAUAUUCCAGUUUUCCUUGUAUUUUUUCUCCUAAUCAAUAUAUUUUCAUGGUAAACCAGCUACAGGUGGCUGAGAUAGCAAGGUUGAUACUGUCUAUGAAAAUUGACUAGUUUUGCAGAUAUUUUUUGGUGCCGCUCACAGAUAAGGAAUUUUGAUCCUUAUGUCUUGUUGCCUAUGAGUUUAAGUGAAGAAUGUGUCCAAGAUGUUAGAUUGUAGCACCAGAUAAAGUACCAUGUGCCCUUGAGGAGCAGGAGGAAUUAUAAAGAAUUUAGGGUGAAGUUUUCAAGAUAUCAAAAAGUAAUUUGUCAUUAACCUUAAUAGGAUGCAGCUGUGAUUUCUUCACUGUUUUAUUUGGCAGAACAAUUUGUAGCGCUUAUUCUUAUUGCAGGGAAAAUGUAAAAUAAUAUGCAUACACAUUUUAAUUUUUAUCUGGACUAGCUUCACUGAAAAACAGAGAAUACUAUUUAGGAAGUUGCUGUAGAAUACUAUUUCUAAACCAAGUGGUCCACGAAGUAAACAUUUUUGCAACAAAAGGUAUGUUUUGCUCUGAUUGACCUCGGUCCAUCUUCUGACUUGAGCUGUGUCCCUUUCCUAAAUUCAGAAAUAGUGUCAUUCAGCUCCUGCAAAUUGUACUCAGGGUGUCUUUGUGGAUGCUAGUCUUUGCCACUUCCUCUGUUGCUGUAAAUAAGAUGAGAAAAGAAAAGGUGGUGGAACGUCCCUCUGAACGAGAAGAUUACUAGCGUAGAAACUUGGUGUUGGGUAGAAGGACUGUUCUCCUCUGAAGCCAAGACAUAAAAAAAAUACUGAAGGAUAUAUGGUAUCAUGUUGACACAAGCUAAGGUAAAAUUAAGAAGAGAACCACUAAACAAAUUACUGUCCUUGUCUAAUCUAGCCCAGUCAGAACUGAUAAAUGUAAAUGGUAAAUCUUACAGGAAAUGUUCCAAGUUGAAAAAUAAUUUUAUUAUGUGUGUGUCUAGGAGCCCCUGGUCUGAGACAGACUAGUAAUCACAUGAAAUAUUAUUUCAUUAAGUACCAUCAAAUUUACAGAAUUUGGAAAAUCGUUGGAGUAACAAAAACAAGUCUACAUCUGCUUUGCAGACUUCUAGGUGAGUUUUGAGGCAGGUCUUGUUGGAAGGGCUUUCCUCUAACAGAGCAGACAGAUAGAGCAGAGACUGUAGAAUAAGUGAAAAAGGAUACUGAUCUUAUGUGAUUUUAAGAGUGCAAAGACUGAGAACUUUUGUGCUCUUGAUCUAGACAUCAGCCAAAUUACUUGCUAUCUUGGGAUGGAAAAAUUAAUGGAAUUAGAGAAGAGCGAGGCUGUAUAUCCUAUCACAGGCUGCAUUUGUUUUUACAGAUGAGUCAAAUGAUUAUGAAAGGGAUUGUUUGUUUACAGGUCUACAAAAGGAUCUUAGAGGCCACCCUUCUCAGCACAGUAGCUGGAAAGGAAAGAGGGACCGUGGGGCUUUCCAAAUGCUGUCAGCUGUGUCAAUCUUAUGGUAGAAACUUCACAAAAACCUCAGGAGAGAUUUGUGUUGACUGAGCAAGUGACGGAAGCUUAGAUAGUGGUUGGAGGCAGCAAAGUGUAUUAUGUGGGCUUAUGUAAAAUUUCACAAGCUGUGAAACCUAAUGUUAAAUUCAGCAGACAGUGGCCGUAGGCGUUACAUAAGUUACUUUUGGUGAAAGGUAGGUUUCGUUAUUGUAGAGGAUAAUUAUUUUUGAAAAUAAGAGACAAGGAACUACAAGGAACUAGUGUUUCUUUUGUGUGUAGUAGAUAUCACAUUGGUUACCUGCCUUAGUUUCCUGCCGGCACCAUUAGAGAGUUUGUUGGGUUUUUUGUUUGGUUUUUCCUGUGUUGAUGAGGGAAGUACAUAGAUGAAAAUGGUGCUUUACAAUUUAUGAUGUUUCUUGGAUCUUGUCUUGUCUCAGGAAAUUUGUUUUAUUAACCUUGGCUAUGCUAUAAGUAGAUACUUAUUUCCCUUCUUGGAGGAACCUUUUAGUGUGUACUCUAAACUCAUAUUUAUUCGUAUUAUGAUUUUGGUACUAGAUAAUGCAAAAUAAGUAACUUUUAGAGGAGAGGAAAAAGCAGUGGGGAUACUGGAUCUAAAGCUGUACUGGAACUGUUGAAAUUGUUUGCUUUAAUUCUUCUGUGCAAAGGGCUGAGUUUUCCUAUGCUUGAGUAAGUUAGUUGAGAUUCAUUGUAUUUGUUCACUGUUUAAUUUAGGGCAGGCCCGUCCAACCCACGACCUGGCUGGCACCCAUCUCUCACAACAACCAAACAUCAGUGUGCAAAUGAUGCUGCAUUGUCUGAAACCAGAGCAUGGGUUUGAAAAAAAAAAAUUGUUUAUGACACCAUUUUUAGUUGAUAUUUUAUUUACCUGCAAAUUUUCAAAAGGAGUGUAUUGAGUUACAAUCCGAUAUUCAACUGAAAAAUCUGAUCAUGUCUCUUUACUGCACUCCUAUAUGACCUCUCUUAUCAGAGAUAAAUAUUCUUCCCUUCAGAACCACACGUUAUUCAUGUUAUAGCUUUUUGGCAAUAUGCACAUGUGUGAAGAUCCUUGAAAAUAGUUGAAGCAUGGGAAGAGUAAAAUGUCAUCAAAAAUCUUUUGAACACUUAGAGACCUCACUAAGGUUUGCAACCAUGGCCAUCAAACCAGGGUGAUGCGUUUGUUUCAGAAAAGCAAGGUCAAACAUCCCACUUGUUUUAUGGUUUUGUUGUUCUCCUUUUUUAAAUGUUUUAAUAAAAACAUUAAAAAUUAAGAUUAUUUUGUUACUUAUAUAUUGAUGAUAUUGUGUAUUUUAUGAGGGCAGCUCUGAAAAUAAUGCCUCUAUUCUAUGAUGCUGGCCUGUGACAUCAAAGGCAGUUGUUGGUGGUUUCUCAGUAGAGGUUGAACUGUUCCACCAAUAUCCCAUUAUAUUUAGUUGCUGUUUGACAAAUAGGAGGCAUUACUUUUGAAGUAACUUUUGUAUAUGCAGCUCAAAACAAUUCCUCUUCACUCAGUGUGGCCUGGGCAAGCCAAAAGUUUGGACACCUUGGAUGACUUAGGGUGCUGAUAUGUCCUAGGGGUUUUGGCUAACUUUCGUAGUUGGGAAACAGAAAGCCCAGCCACAUGAAGGUGAAAUGUGACCCAACAUGGAGGGAAGUGUAUUUUUAAAGUUAUUUCUAAAAUAUUUUCUACUUGUGUUUUCCCCUCUGAUAAUUUUUAUCAUAAUUCCAUAAGAAUUGAUGUAAGUUAUGUGAGAAUGCAAUGACUUAAUGUCUUAAAGCAACACUUUUGAGACUUGCAUACUGAUGCUCCACAUAUAUUUCUUGUAGUAAUUUGCACUCUUAAGAUUUCAAAACUGCAUUUAACUGGUGAAAUAUCAAAGUACUUCUGUGCUAUAUAUUCUUAAUGAGUACAUAAUUGCUCUCUAAGUUCAAGUCUCAUAGCGUUUUUCUAGUGGUAUGCCCCUGCUGUGUCCUCAUAUUAGUCUGCAAGUUUUUCUUCACUACAGUCCAUUCCUUAGUAGCUGUGAGGGAAAACUAGCAUUGAAGAGCGUGCUUCCUCAGAUUGACUCCGUGCCUGACACUGAGUGCCUUAGGUGACUGGAAAAUGGAGAAAACUCUGAACAGAAUUCAUCCAGUUUCUGAUCCAGAAGCAGUAUAUUUUCUACAAGUAUCUUGGGAAAAAGAUUUAAGGAGUGGCUUUGGUAUAAUACUUACUGAUGGUGAACAUGCAUGGACUGGGACAGUGACUGAAGCUGAAAUUUCUAGGGAGGCUGCUGACAUGGAAAUGAAUAGAGAAAAAUAUGUUGAAGAACUGAAGAAAGCAUUGAUAUUUGUAGAAGAAUCAGCUGGCAAAUACAACUUUAUUGUUUCAGUGGAUGAAGAAAAUACACAGUGUCAGUUCUCCUAUGAAAGAAAUCUGAGAGAUGGCUCUUUUAGACUUGGAUCUCUGAAGUUACAAAAGGUUUCACGUCCAGCUGAUGUGGUUAAAGAGCUGAUUGGCUAUUGUCUGGACUCCCUGGGAGGACUCCAGGUGAAAAAUGAGCACCUGCAAAAAGAAAAUGAAAGGCUUUUCUGUGAUUUGAGUGAUGUUGAGAAACGGCUGGAAAAAUGUGUGGAAGCUAAAGAAGAACUAGAGGCAGAUCUUUAUAAUCGGUUUGUUUUGGUACUGAAUGAAAAGAAGACAAAGAUAAGAAACUUGCAGAAGCUGUUGAACAAAGCCAAAGAAUCUGCAGUGGAUACCAAAUGCGCAAGGGAUAGUAUAGCUACCACACAGAUGGCUACAGAGAAAGAAAAUGACUAUGAUGGCAGCACUGAGGAGGAAAGUGAAAAUUUAAUACAGUCCUCAUUACCAUCAGGUCUAAUAUGGGCUCUCUCACUGGUGCUUUCCAUUUCUACUAUAGAUGAAGCACCAGAAAGAAGAGAUUCCCUACUGGGUAGUCCUGAUGUCAUCAAUACUGCUCCAAGACGAAAGAGAAGACAAAGGACAAUAAACCCUGCUGGGACAGAAGCUAAGAUAGCUACUUAUGAGACAGAAAUGCUAGCAAAGGAAAACAUUGAUCAAGUGUCCAUCCAGGAGGAGAGCUUUGUGGUCUGGGCCAUGCCGUGGAGCUGUCAGAGGCUUUCACAUCCAGGGCUUGCUGCUGUCUCUAUGAAAUUCAGAGGGUACCUUUGGUUAAAUGCAAAGGUUGCUCUUGCUACCUGAUCUUGCCUCACAGAAGACAUCAGGCAAGCACUCCCCGGAUGUGAUGUCUCUUGAAACACUGGAAAACACUUGUGAGCCAGAGGACCUCUUUAGUGACAUCUAACUAUGUGUUGGCUGAGAAACUGAGAGACUGGUGCUUCAUGUCAAGUUGAGCUAUGAAACUAAAAAGCUUUGUUAUAGUCACUCAGCUGAAAUCUUUAUGGUAUGUGAUGACAUAUUGCUCAAAUCCUCUUGCACUGCCUUUGUCCCCACUCUUCACUACACAGUUGCUGACCCCUUGGUUUCCUAAGGCUUUGUUUGUGCCAGCCUUGAAAUCAGUUUGGCCUUUGUGGAGAUAUUUUAUCACACAUAUAUGGGGAAAGAGGGCACCAUCACAACAUUUUUACAUCAUAACAGUCUUUGGCUGCUGAUUGUAUCCAGGAUCAGCUGUUUUUCAGAUGUCUCCAGAGAAUCAUUCAAACAAACUGAAGACUUAAGGAUAUCACUGUACUUACUUUAUAUACCACCCCUUUCUUGGGGAGCUCAGCUUCGACGUGAUCUAGCUAAUUCAUCCUUGACUUUAAAUGAGAUAUAUGUCAUUCAAAAAUGAAGUAUCCAAAGAACUUACAUUUUGAUUUUUAUUUGAAGUCUUUGUAGUAUCAUGCAUUACAAAGUACAUUCUUGCAUUUGAGAGUAAAGAAUUUAAGACCGAAUCUAUUUUAGCCUUCUAUAGAAACUCGUAGCCUUUAAAUUGGCAUUUUCAUAUUUCAUUAUUUUUCUAAUGUGAUUUCUAAAACAAUAAAAUGCUUUCUAAAAAGGCAUUGAUUUUGAUUUUAUUUGCUUAGACAAUCUGUAAGUAAAGGCACCACUUGGCAAAAUGCUGUAACGCAUAACCUCUUCCUGACUGGUGUUGAUACAUUCAUUUAGAUUUAAGAAAAAGUUAGCAAUGUGAGUUUACUUUCAGUGGUUGACAAGUGUGUAGAACUAAGCAUGUAUGUCAGGUUUCUGCUUUGCAAUUUUAAAAGCCCGGAUCAGUUUUUAUUAAUUAUUAUUCUUCUGUCUGAGAAACAAGAGUUUUAAACUUGAAUAAUCUCAUUGAAAUCAGCAGGACUAUGUAAUAUAGUUCCGCUUCUGUGUUCUAUGGCUUGCAGUGAACCCUGGAAACCACUUAAUGUUUUUAAAAUACCAGUUUAUUUAGGCCCUGAUCCUGCCAAAAUUCAAUCCUAUACUUAACUAAAAAGCACCCAUGUUAGUAUUUGCAGAAUCAGGGACUCAUUUAAAAACCUAAAUGAGGAUUUGGGAAUAUUAAAAUUAAGUAUUCCUUUCUGAAAAACAUGGUCACAGCAUUUUAAAUUCACAGAGGUCUUUGGGAGAAUGUUAUAAAUCACACAAUAAAAACAUGAAUGGCCAAAAUAUUUUGCUUUCUACAUAGGCUUUGUGCCUGAGAAAUGACAGGACCACAAAAGGCCUAUUCAUACACUCAUUCAUAGGUAUUGCCUGAUUUAAAAUCUUCCAGUGCUGAUCUGACAAUGCUUUCAACAAAAGCUUGUAUAUAGCUGCAAUUUCAAGGUGAAAAUGUUCCAUGAUUUAACCUGAAAUAGAAAAGCUUGGUUUAAUUGUGCCUGCAGCAGAAAAUGAAGGUGAAUGGAGUUGAACAUCCUGCAAAGUUCUGCUUUUGAGAAACUGUUGCUUUCUAAUAGUAAAAUGUUAAUAAAAAAUAGCAAAUAUUGCACUCA